UUGUUCGAUAGGAACACGAGACGAAUGAAGUAAAUGUGACGCCUGCGCGGAGUUGUUGAAGUGUGUUAUCCCACUGCAGUAACUUCUCAUUUGCGAUUCUUCUUUGGCCUUCCUUGCCGUGCUGCCUACUUCGGGCUGACACCUGUUUCUUACAAGCAUGGCUUUGCCAGUUACCCUCCCUCGUGCAAAGACACUGGCGCUCGCAGUAGCAGCAGUUGGGUGGGCAGUAGACUCGCCACCGACCGUGACCGCCUCACUAUAAAGCUCGCGGCAUCGCUUCCUCCUGCUCAUCCUUCAUCCGGAGCCACGAUGGCGGCUGCUCUUACUUCCGUCUUCGCCGCAGUCUGCGCCUUCUGCCUCCUCUCGCUGGCCUCGGCCGUGGACUUCAAUUACCCGGCCGUCUUCAACUUCGGGGACUCCAACUCCGACACGGGAGACCUCGUUGCCGCCGGCAUCGGGGAACCCCUCCUGCCGCCGAAUGGGCAGACCUACUUCUCCAGGCCGGCCGGGAGGUUCUGCGACGGCCGCCUCAUCAUUGACUUCCUCAUGGAUGCUAUGGAUAUGCCGCUGCUUAAUGCAUAUUUGGAUUCGAUUGGUGCACCAAUCUUUCACAAAGGUUGCAACUUUGCUGCAGCUGGAUCUACUAUUCUUCCAGCAACAGCAAAUUCGAUCAGCCCGUUCUCUUUCGGGGUGCAGGUUGCUCAAUUCUUUAAGUUCAAAGACAGAGUUCUUCAGUUACUAGCCAAAGGCAAAAAGUUCAAAAAGUACAUUCCCCAAGCAGAUUACUUUAGUCGAGGGCUUUACAUGUUUGAUAUUGGCCAAAAUGAUCUUGCUGGUGCAUUCUAUUACAAAACCGAGGACCAAGUCAUUGCUUCUAUUCCAACAAUAUUGUUGGAAUUUGAAAAUGGAUUAAAGAAAUUAUAUGAACAAGGUGCCAGGAGAUUCUGGAUUCAUAAUACUGGUCCACUUGGGUGCUUAGCUCAAAACAUAGCCUUUUUUGCCAAGGAUCCAUCAAAGCUUGAUGAGAUCGGAUGUGUAAGCUCUCACAAUCAAGCUGCUAGGCUUUUCAAUUUACAGCUUCAUGCACUUUGCACGAAGCUGCAAGGUGUAUUCGGGGAUGCUUCUAUAACCUACAUCGAUGUGUUCUCCAUAAAAUUCAACCUCAUAGCAAACUAUUCUCGUUAUGGUUUUGAGAAUCCAAUAACUGCAUGCUGUGGGUAUGGUGGACUGCCUUUAAACUAUGAUAGUCGAAUCUCUUGCGGACAAACAAAGGUUCUGGACGGAGGCUCGGUGACGGCUAAAGCAUGCGAUGACACCGCGGAAUAUGUUAAUUGGGAUGGCAUACACUAUACGGAGGCUGCGAAUCAUCAUGUAUCAUCUCAAAUACUCACUGGGAAAUUUGCCGACCCACCAUUCGCAGACAAGAUGCCAUUUGCUCUGAAACUAAAGUUUUAGACGAAUCCUUAGAGUUAUUUGUGUCGACUAAUGAUCUAACAUAUGUUCAUAUUGAAGGAAUUGCAUGUCAACCUAAUGAAAAUCUAUGCAAGUUCUGUUGUUAUAUGCUACAAGAACUGUAUGAAAUGCCAUGUUUGAAUCCUUUCAGAUUACCAAGGGUCAGCAGUCAGUUUCCUAUAUUGUAAGUGGUAAUUGUCAUUUCUUUAGUUUACAUGUUGAAGCUUGUUGUAAUAUUCCUACUGAAGAGUUAAUAAGAAAAAUAUGUAUUCCAUUAAA